CGCGUGUUAGGCCACCUGUCCAGCCCAUCUUUGAUUUCCUCUAACUUAAUUGUCCCUAUCCUCCCCUCACCUCCGAGCUAGAGCUCACAGAAUAAACAACAAUCAAGAACCCCAACCAAACCCGACAACCUCAACUUCGCAUUCCGGUACCCUAGCGCACGAAACGCAUAUCAUAAUGAGCCACCCUCUACCCACCAAAAGACCGCGAAUCAUAAGCUUUCUUGAGAGUGAGACGAUAGCCUUGGAAGGUACGGAUCUCGCGAAGGUUUAUGUGCACAGAGAGCUGUUGAGUGAGCACUGCGGGGCGGGCGGUGAUUGUUGGUGGAGUUGUUUCCACAGCGACACGAUUAAACGGCUCGUCGAAUAUCUCUACCAAGGGGACUAUACUGGCCCUCUGCCAGUUUCUGUCCCUCCGGUUACUCCUGCGAGCACGGUAUUUGGCGAAGAAGCUACGCCAUUGGCCACGGACAGCCUUGUUUAUUCCGGGUCUCUCGACUACGAAGGGGUCUUGCUCGGCCAUGCUGAGCUAUUCAUACUUGCGAAGACUCGGAAGAUUGGUACCCUUGCAAAGCUAUGCCUCGCAAGGCUCUUCGAGAGUAUGAGUCGGGCUGAAGCUGAACAGACGGACUCCACGUUCUCAGAAAACAUGGUUGAAUUACUUCGAUACUCCUACAGUCACUGCUACAUGAAUGACAGCUGUGCGUGGGGGGAACUUCAGGAGAUCGUCUCCAACGCCUGGGUGGAAAGAAUAGAGUGGAUUCUUGAGAUGCCGGGCUCCAGUUUGCUCAGCGGCGAAGGAAAACUAGUGAAGGAUCUCAUGAUCGGAACAGUCAAGCGUCUUAUAGACGCUGAUAGCCGUUGUGGUGCUCAGGAGGGAAGUGAAGAAUCGGUAGUUGAAGAACCAGUUGCAGCACCCCAGCAGGGAUAUAAUGGGCCAAAUUUGUUUGGGAAUCCAGGGGGAAAGAACUCCGGAGUUGGCCUUUUCGCCAAUCGUGGUGACAUCGGGGAGAAUCGCCCAGGGAAUGCUUCCCACAUCUUUGGGGCCUCUUCCAACACAACUACGCCUAUUGCGUGGGGAGGCUCUACCUUAUUUGCCCCCGUCAGUCGGACCGAUAGAAAGUAAUCUUUUAGAUACUGUAAAUGGUCAGCUUCCCGGCUCCAAAGUAUUCGACAGCGGAGUUUCCUUUUCUCUAUACGAAGUCUGCCUAUUGACCAGGUGGAGGGCUUAUAGGGGUUCUUCGAUCUAGAUACGCCACUGUGUAGUAUGAAUCCACAAGCUGGUCUUUGAUCGAUUGGACAAACUCAUAGCACAAUUCUCCAAGCAGCAAUCCGCGCGAGGUCAAGCUUUCCCUGUAUUGGGUAACCGAAGUAAAAGGGUUAGCAAGUACAGGUUGGGGAAUGGGGGGAAUAGUGAGGAUGGGGUAACCUAGAUGCUGGAUAAUCUCAGGUUCUAUCUCAGGUUCUCAACCCAAAAGACACGAGAUUGGGGAUUUAGCGUUUAGGAGAUUAAUCUUAAAUAUUUUGUUUUCCAUUCAGUAUGAUAUGAUACUAUUUAUGCUUUUA